AUGCUGCGUCGUCAAACCCGCGAGCGUCGCGAUUACCUCUAUCGGAGAGCGCUACAGCUCCGCGAUGCUUCCAUCGCCGAAAAGCGCGCCCAGUUGAAAGCUUCUUUGGCCUCUGGAAAACCCCUCGACCCCUCGAUCGCAGACGAUAAAUCCCUCCGUGAAAAUUUCAAAUUUGAUGAGUCAAAGGAUGAGGUCGAUGUGGACGACGAAUAUGCCCUGACAUCCGGUCUGAUUGACCCUCGCCCGCUGGUCACUACAUCUCGUUCACCUUCUGCCCGCCUGGGUGCCUUCGCAAAAGAAAUUCGAUUGCUCCUCCCGACCUCUAUUCGCCUGAACCGUGGUAAUCUCGUCAUGCCCGACUUGGUAUCCAGCGCAACCUCUGCCUCUUUGACCGACAUGAUCCUCCUGCACGAGCACCGUGGUACACCUACUGCCCUGACCGUCUCGCAUCUUCCCCACGGGCCGACCGCCAGCUUCUCUCUUCACAAUGUCGUUCUACGAGCGGAUAUCCCCAAUGCUGACCGAGGCACCGUUUCUGAGAGCUAUCCCCAUUUGAUUUUCGAGGGCUUCACGACUAAGCUGGGCCAGCGUGUCGUUCAGAUCCUUAAGCACCUUUUCCCACCCCGGGAACCUGGUAAGGUCGGCACCCGUGUUGUCAGCUUUGUGAACAAGGAGGACAGCAUUGAGGUGCGUCAUCAUGUUUUCGUGAAGAGCAGCUACCGGGAUGCGGAACUUGCAGAGGUCGGACCUCGGAUGACAAUGCGCCUUUUCGAAAUCCGUGGAGGCACUCUGGAGAAGGGUUCCACAGGUGACGUGGAAUGGGCUCUUACCCAGUACACGAGAACCAGCAAAAAGAAGGACUACCUCUAG